UUUUUGCUUCACCCGUUGACCAGAACGAAUUCACGUCCACUUCUGCUCCACCCGCUCCAUAAAUACAUAAGACGGUCGUCUUGCGUCAUUCCACCAGUCGUGCGGUGCGGCUCAAGGCAGUGCGUUCGACUUGCGUCAUUUCGACACCGCAAGCAACGCUUCGUCCUGCGCUGACAUCAUGUGGCGAACCGCCGCUUCUCGAUGCGCGUCUGGCGCCCUCUGCGCCGCCAGACGCGGGACUGCCGAGCGAUCGCUACCUAGCGCCAAUCCCACCGCGAUCCACGCCGCUCUCGCCAACACCCUCUCCCCCGCAUCCUCCGCGUCCCCCGCAUCCCCCGCUCCGCGCCCCGCGUUCCCCCGCUCGUUCUCCUCCAAUCCGAAGCUCCAUCUGCCGCCGCUCGAGCCGCGAUUCGCGCAGCUCGCAGACGACGUGCUGGGCGGCAACCUGCACGCGCUGAGCCGCGCGAUCACGCUCUGCGAGUCCGUGCGCGACUCGCACCGCCCGCAGGCCGCCGCGCUGCUGCAGCACGUGCUGGAGGCGGUGCGCUCGCGGCGCGCGCAGGCGGAGAUCGCGAACGGCGCGGGGAAUGGGGGGAUAUUCAAGAUCGGCAUCACGGGGCCGCCGGGCGCGGGGAAAUCGUCGCUGAUCGAACGCCUGGGCAUGCACGCUGUCGAGACCAGCAACAGAGUAGCUGUAUUAGCGAUCGACCCGUCGUCGCACAACAGCGGGGGCUCCAUCCUGGGCGACAAGACGCGCAUGGAGAAGCUCUCCGCGCACCCCUCCGCCUUCAUCCGCCCCACGCCCUCCAGAGGGGAGAUGGGCGGGCUCGCAAGGAAUACAGCUGACGCUGCUCUCCUGUGCGAGGCCAGCGGGUGCAACGUGCUGAUGGUGGAGACGGUGGGCGGCGGGCAGGCUGACGUGGCAGUGGCUCAGAUCGUGGACAUGGUGCUGCUCAUCCUGCCGCCCGCAGGGGGGGACGAGCUGCAGGGCAUCAAGAAGGGAGUGGUGGAGGUGGCGGACCUGGUGGUGGUGAACAAGGCGGAUGGCGCCAUGGAGGGCCCGGCGCUUGCAGCAGUCGGGGAGUACAGCAGCGCGCUGCACUUCGUGCACCCGCGCUACGACUUCUGGAUGACUCCGGUGGUGGCGUGCAGCACACGCACGGGGCUGGGCAUAGAGGACGUGUGGAAGAAGAUAGGCAAGUUCCAGGAAGCCAUGCGGGCGUCAGGGGAGCUGAAGCAGCUGAGGGGCGCUCAGAGCAAGGCACUACUGUGGAGCAGUGUGGAGGCAGAAAUACUGUACAAGUUUAGGUCGGGAGGCAAGCUUCGGGGGCUAAUGCGGUACUUUGAGGAGCAUGCCAUGGCAGGCGACAUCGCAGCUCGGGCGGCAGCCGUCACAGUUGUGGAGUCUAUAUUCAACGAUGCAAAGUAGUUAAGAGAUGGUUGUGAACUACCAGUAUGUUUAUUUCAUUGUUUGACAUAGGUCAAUCUUCAUCCAAUCUCUUAGUUCAUUAUUUUUCUUUACCUCAGAGCCAUUCUUUGAUACAGUAGUUUUAUCUUCAAAC